AUGGUGGAGAAUAAGUGGAACUCAAAUAUUGCUGGUCAUGGGGUUGCACCAAAUUGCCCUAGUUGUGCCUCUUCAAACACCAAAUUUUGCUACUACAACAAUUACAGUCUCUCUCAGCAUCGUUUCUUUUGCAAGGUCUGUAGGAGGUACGGGACUAGAGGAGGCUCCCUGAGAAAUGUACCGGUUGGUGGUGGUUGUCGUAGAAAUUGCCGGACCAAGGCUGCUCGCCGGAUGAUUGACCAGCUUAGUCUUUAUUCCAUAAGUUCUAGAUUGAAUGGUGAUCAACAGAAUUAUGUGCAAUUUGGGAGUCCUAAUUCGGACUCCAGUACAACUCACUCUAACGGGAACCUAAUUGACAUGACACUUGCUUUUGCUAAGCCGGAAAAUCAUGUGGCAAUCGAUCAGGAUUAUCCGGUGACCGGUCUAAUCGGGGAAUCGAAUUCAAUUGAACAUGAUUUCAAGUUUCCUACAAAUUUAAUCAGUGAUGGUUGGAGGUUCCUUUAA